CCGAAAUGCUGAAGCUUACGGUUCUACUUCUUACACUGCUAGGCAUAGCGAAAACUGGAUGGACACGUGAAAAGUUCACCAUUCAAGUAAACGACGGAAAUGCCAUUGAUGCGAUCCUCAAGGCGGAUCCCUUUAGAAAAAUCAACGACGGAUACUACUUCUUUGGAACGGAGUCCUUGAACUGGUAUGAGGCCUACGAGAAAUGCCGCGAAUUUGACUCUGAGCUGGUAACAUUUGAAACAGACCAGGAGUUCGAUGCUGUAACGGAUGUCUUGGCGGCCAACGGAUCGCGCCAGAAUUACUGGACAUCGGGAAACGAUCUGGCCAAGACUGGCACCCACAGGUGGUUCACCAGUGGCCAGCGCAUAAGUACUUUCAGGUGGGCAAGGAAUCAGCCGGAUAAUGCUGGGCAGAAAGAACACUGCAUCCACCUUGGCUAUAUCUACGGCGACUCCAAGAAGUUCGAGCUGAACGAUCGACCCUGCUCAGGGGACGGAAACAGUUUGUUUAAGUAUAUAUGCGAAGCUCCCGUACUGGAAACCAUAUCCAUUGUGGUGUGGAAGUAAAGUACUUAUAAAGCCUCUUCAAUAUCGGAUGGUUACCUUUCUAGUUUUGCAAUAAAGGGAAACACCCUGAAUUCUUUUACUUGAGCAGCCAUGUAA